UACCGCCAGACCAUUUCCGCAAGUUUACGGCGCCUCACACACCCCUCUAAACUUGCCAAUUCGUGACGCUGGGGAGCAUACCUCAUCAUCAUGAGUUACAGCAAGAAAGACGAAGAUGGAGACCAGGCCCUCAUGAAGGUGGACCGCACCUCCGUCUUCCAAGAAGCACGAUUAUUCAAUUCCUCUCCCAUCCAACCGCGAAGAUGUCGAAUCCUCCUGACCAAGAUCGCCCUCCUCCUCUACACGGGGGAGAAGUUCCCCACCAACGAAGCUACGACGCUCUUCUUCGGCAUCUCAAAGCUCUUCCAGAACAAAGAUGCCAGUCUCCGCCAGAUGGUGCUCCUCGUCAUCAAGGAGCUCGCCAACUCCGCCGAGGACAUCAUCAUGGUCACCAGCACAGUCAUGAAGGACACCGGCGGCGGCACAGACGCCAUCUACCGCCCUAACGCCAUCAGAGCUCUCUGCCGCAUCAUCGACUCCACAACAGUCCAGAGCAUCGAGCGAGUCAUGAAGACCGCAAUCGUCGAUAAGAACCCCUCCGUCUCAGCCGCCGCACUCGUCUCCUCAUACCACCUCCUCCCCAUCGCCCGCGACGUCGUGCGGCGCUGGCAAUCCGAGACUCAGGAGGCAGCAGCGACGACCAAGUCGUCCGGCGGAUUCUCGCUGGGCUUCAGCUCCUCCGCUUCCGCGAUGCCGGUUAAUAACUCGACCAUGACGCAGUACCAUGCUAUUGGCCUCCUGUACCAGAUGCGCGUUCACGACCGCAUGGCGCUGGUGAAGAUGGUGCAGCAGUUUGGCGUAGCGGGCGCGGUCAAGAACCAGGCUGCGAUCGUGAUGCUGGUUCGUCUUGCUGCGCAGCUUGCGGAGGAGGACCCGGCGCUGAGGAAGCCGAUGAUGGUGCUGCUUGAUGGGUGGCUGAGGCAUAAGAGCGAGAUGGUGAAUUUCGAGGCUGCGAAGGCCAUCUGCGAUAUGCGUGAUGUUACGGAUGCGGAGUGCAUCCAGGCGAUUCAUGUGUUACAGCUUUUCCUCACCUCGCCAAGGGCCGUCACGAAAUUUGCGGCUAUUCGCAUUCUGCAUAACUUUGCGACGUUCAAGCCGCAGGCGGUUAACCCGUGUAACCCGGAUAUCGAGCUGCUUAUCUCGAAUAGCAAUAGGUCGAUUGCGACGUUUGCUAUUACGACGCUGCUGAAGACGGGGAAUGAGGCGAGUGUGGAUAGGUUGAUGAAGCAGAUCUCGGGGUUCAUGUCGGAGAUUACGGAUGAGUUCAAGAUUACCAUUGUGGAGGCGAUUCGCACGCUCUGCUUGAAGUUCCCGAAUAAGCAGGCGGGUAUGCUUGCUUUCCUCAGUGGCAUCCUCCGCGAUGAGGGCGGAUAUGAGUUCAAGCGUGCGGUGGUGGAGAGUAUGUUCGACCUCAUCAAGUUCGUCCCUGAGUCGAAGGAGGAUGCUCUUGCGCACCUCUGCGAGUUCAUCGAGGACUGCGAGUUCACGAAGCUAGCUGUCCGUAUCCUGCACUUACUCGGAUUGGAGGGUCCCAAGACUUCCCAGCCGACAAAGUACAUCCGCUACAUCUACAACCGCGUCGUCCUUGAGAACGCCGUGGUGCGCGCUGCUGCCGUUACGGCCCUAGCCAAGUUCGGCGUCGGACAGAAGGACCCAGAAGUCAAGCGCAGUGUCACAGUUCUACUUACCCGCUGCCUAGACGACGUCGACGACGAGGUCCGCGAUCGCGCUGCGCUCAACCUGCGUCUUAUGACCGAGCCGGACGAGAUGGCGGACCGCUUCAUCAAGAACGAGAAUAUGUUCUCGUUACCGUACUUUGAGCACCAGCUUGUGAUGUACGUGACAGCGGAGGAUAAGUCGGUAUUCGAUAACCCCUUCGACGUCUCCACCAUCCCCGUCGUCACCAAGGAGCAGGCCGAUGCGGAAGAUCGCACUAAGAAACUCACCACCGCGACGCCGACGCUCAAGGCGCCCAAGGCCGGACCGACGAAGACCGCGCCGUCUGGUGCGGAGGCUCUGGCGUCGGCGACGGAGGCGGCGCAGAAGUACUCGCAACAGCUUCUUGCUAUCCCGGAGAUGAAGAGCUACGGCCCGCUGCUCAAGUCGUCGCCUGUUGUUGAGCUGACGGAGUCGGAGACGGAAUACGUUGUUGGAGUCAUCAAGCACAUCUUCAAGGAGCACAUCGUCUUACAAUACGAGAUCAAGAAUACGCUCCCCGACACGGUUUUGGAAGAGGUAUCUGUCCUGGCUACGCCCUCGGAUGAGGACGAGCUGGAGGAGGACUUCAUUAUCCCCGCGCCAAAGCUGGUUACGGACGAGCCUGGCACGGUCUACGUGUCGUUCAGGAAGGUGGCGGGGGAGAGUGCGUUCGUGGCUAGCAGCUUUACGAAUAUUCUCAAGUUCACGUCCAAGGAGAUUGAUCCCACGAACGGCGAGCCGGAGGAGACGGGUUACGAUGAUGAGUACCAGGUUGAGGAUCUGGAGCUGACGGGCACGGAUUAUGUGACGCCGGCGUUUGCGGGGAACUUUAAUCAUAUCUGGGAGCAGGUGGGCGCGGCGGGGGAGGAGGAGGAGGAGACGCUGCAGUUUAGUGGGGUUAAGAGUAUUGCUGACGCAACCGAACAACUCACACGCACCCUCUCCCUCCAACCCCUCGACGGCACAGACGUCCCCGUCAACACCACCACGCACACCCUCAAGCUGUUCGGCAAGACCGUCACGGGCGGACGCGUCGUGGCGAAUAUCAGGAUGGCGUACUCGACUAAGUCGGGCGUGACUUCGAAGCUGACGGUGCGCGCCGAGGAGGAGGGCGUCGCGGCGCUGGUUAUUGGGAGUGUGGCUUAAACCCGGCGUGGGGGUGGAAAAGAAGGGGGGUCUAGAUUUUUUUGGGCUCUCUCGUAAUGGGAGGUGAGCCUGGAGAGGUGGGGUGGAAUGGGAUUGAAUCGGAUGGAGGGAUGGAUGGAUGGAGUAGAUAGCGAAUUUGAUGUUUUUAUGUCUUAUAUGGAAUGGGGAUGACUAUAGGGGUACGAUGUGAGAAUGGAUAGGGUCUGAGCGCCGGGGGGUGGCAGAUUGGAUUGAUGGGUGACGGGUGGCCGCAUGCGGCUGGUCUAGGGGGUCACAAAAGGUUAUAUUGGCUUUGUUAGAUGUUGACCAAAGAAAUUAAACGUGCAUGGUGAGGAAUUUCCGCAUGUAGCAAUGACACGGGGUUUGAAGUUGUGAAACUACAGGCGUGCUGAG